AUGGCCACAGCUGCCUCCAGCCCCUACACCCUGCUCAGCUCCAGUCCCAUGAUCCACCCGGACAGCCAGGCCAUGCAGCCUGCUAGCCCCUACAGAGGACACCAGAAACUCCUCCAGAGUGACUACCUGCAGAGCGUCCAGAGCAACGGACACCCCCUCGGGCACCAGUGGGCGAGCAGCCUGUCGGAGGGCAGCCCCUGGUCGGCCUCCAUGGAGCAGCAGGACGUCAAACCAGGACGAGAGGACCUGCAGCUCGGCAUCAUCCAUCACCGCUCCCCGCACGUAGCGCAUCACUCCCCUCAUCACAACAACCAUGGCAACCACCCGGGAGCUUGGGGAACUCCGGUGUCCCACAACUCCUCCAUCACCAGCGGGCAGCAGAUCAACAUCUACUCCCAGACGGGCUUCACUGUCAACGGCAUGCUGGACCACGGUGGGCUCACGCCGCCACCCAACCCGCAGGGCCAAGGCAUGCACCCGGGCCUCAGGGACACACUCAGCCCCGAGCACAGCGACCUCGGAGGGCACCACUGCCACGACCACUCCGACGAGGAGACGCCGACUUCGGACGAGCUGGAGCACUUUGCCAAGCAGUUCAAACAGCGGAGGAUCAAGCUGGGCUUUACGCAGGCGGACGUGGGUUUGGCUCUGGGCACGCUGUACGGUAACGUCUUUUCCCAAACCACCAUCUGCAGGUUCGAGGCUCUGCAGCUGAGCUUUAAAAACAUGUGCAAACUAAAGCCGCUGCUGAACAAGUGGCUGGAGGAGGCAGACUCGUCCACAGGCAGCUCUAGCAGUAUAGACAAGAUAGCAGCUCAGGGGAGGAAGAGGAAGAAGAGGACGUCCAUCGAGGUCAGCGUGAAGGGGGUCCUGGAGACGCACUUUCUCAAGUGUCCCAAACCCUCCGCGCAGGAGAUCACCUCGCUGGCGGACACGCUGCAGCUGGAGAAGGAGGUUGUGCGCGUGUGGUUCUGCAACCGGAGGCAGAAGGAGAAGCGCAUGACGCCGCCGGGAGAGCCGCCGCCGCACGAGGGACCCUAUUCUCACAGCGGGAGCGCAGGAGACGCCUCCUCGUGUCAUGAUCUCUGA